GACAGCGAACAGAAACACUGCAUAAAAAGCAGCACCUGACAUCAGGUCCUCCGAAGUCUACCUUCCUUCCAUCGGUGUACAUCAUCUCCGAACAUAGCCAUGAAUUCCUUGGUAACUCUCGUACUCCUCGGCCAGAUUAUAGGAUGCACGUUUAGUGUUCUCUUGAUAAAGGAAUUUGAUUGCAAUGGAGAAGAGGCUAAAAAAUUUGGAGAUUUGGCCGUGGACUACAUCAAUCAACAUAAUCUACAUGGAUACAAACAAACUCUCAAUGUAAUAAAGAGGGUUGAUUUCCUCGCCCCCCGGCCCCGGACACCCGUUGAGACGGUAGUCUCAGUUGAGCUGGAUGUUCUGGAGACAACGUGUCACGUGUUGGAUCCAACUCCUGUCGAGAAUUGUACUGUAAGACAACAGGAUCACCAUGCUGUUAAAUCAGAAUGUGUUGUCAGGAUCCACAGAGAGAACGGCGACAAAGUGUCUGGCGCAAACUGCCACUCAAAACCAGGUAAUUAAUCUUCAUCAUUCUUGG